GUCAUUCAUAUUGUUUGACAAAGGAGCUGAGAAAAUUAUUUCUAAAACUGCAAAAGAACUUGCAGAGAUGCAAGAAGAGAUGUUGAAAUUAGAGGAGAAUACUUUACCAAAAGAGAUUCAAAAAAUAAUUGGCAAUGAAUAUUUGUUCCAACUGCAUCUUGAUGAAUAUAAUUUGAAGUAUGGAAAAGAAAAUUACACGGUCUCAAAAAUUUUGGAGAUGGAAGUUUUACAUAAGCAAAAAGACUCAAGUAAAGUUGAAGAACAUCAGGAAACAAUGGAGGAAAUUGGAAGAAAAUCAAGGAAGGACAAGUACAUAGCCAAUCAAAAAAUAGAAAUAGGAGAAACAUCUGUUCAAAGACCUGAAAGAAUGCCGCUCCAAAUGCUUCAAAAAUGUCAAAAAAGUACUAAGCAAAUUGCUACAAAGAAGAAAAAAAACUGAACUCUAUUGUAUAUACUACCUUACUCUAGGAAUCUUUAUGUAUUUCAUAGUAUUGUUAAUUAUUAUUUUUUUGCCUUUAGAAGAGUAAACUGAAUGUACUGACUAAAGCUGACAAAUUAGAACAACGUUACUAUAAAAUGUAAUUAUAUUUCACAAUUUGGUAUGUUAGACACUGUGAUGGCCCAAAAUGGUUGAUUUCAAAGUGUAUAAGCUGAAUGAAGAAUGUAGACAACAGGAUUUGCUUUAUUAAAAUAAAUAGAUUUUCCCCUAUUGUUCUGUUAUUGUAAAGUAAAAAGUUAUGUGUGUCA